UCUCUUCUCUUGCGAAAAUGAAUUACAAUCUAAUGGAAUUUGAUUAAUGAAUUACAGAUGGGCCUUAAUGGGAUUAUAUUUCCAGCCCACAAAAGCAAAAUAAGCAGAUGGGCCGAAACUGGGUUAUAUUUCAAGCCCAGAAAAGCAAAAUAAGGUUCGGCCCAAAAUUAUCUAAACUGGGUUGAGAAUUGAGAUUCUUGAUUUCAAGAACCUACUUCUCAAAACUAAAUGCAACAUUUUUGUCGUACACGUGUCAGCUAAUUGUGAGAAUUCAAUACAAAAGUGCACCAAACUAAGCCGGAUAUGGCAGUGACGAUACCAUCCCCACCAACAGUUCUCCUUUCUCUAUUAUUUCCCCAUCAAAGUAGAAACUCUAGAACAAUACCCAGGAUUUCUUCCAUCCGAUGCUACUCAUCUCCACUGUCAUCCAUGGAUGAGCACCAAAAGCGUGUGGUGGUAUGUGGUGGCGGCAUCAUCGGGGUGUGCACAGCUUACUUCUUAUCCAAGAAGGGCGCCGCUGUUACGCUUGUGGAGAAAUCGUCGGUGGCAUGCGCGGCGUCCGGGAAGGCCGGAGGAUUCCUCGCUCUAGACUGGUGUGACGGUGGGCCCAUCUCUUCUCUUGCCCGAGCCAGCUUUAAUCUCCAUCGUUCGCUUGCCGAAGAGCUCAACGGCUACGAAUCCUAUGGCUACCGCACCCUCAAUACCCUCAGUCUCACCGUCACUGAGUCGCAAGCCCAAAAGCAGACCUCCACCUCCAGGGAUGAAAAUCUUCCUUCCUGGAUUAAUGGGCCAGCCCGAGGUCCAAGAACAAUUGGGUCACCCGAAACAACGGCCCAAGUUCACCCACAGUUAUUUACUCGUACCCUUCUAUCGAAAGCAAUGGAGAGCUAUGGUGUUGAGGUGGUGACAGGGAAAGUGGAGAAAGUAGGAGUGGAGGGGGAACGAGUUGACUCGGUGGUGCUGGAGGGGGGACAAGUUAUAAACUCGGACGCUGUGGUUUUGACUCUUGGGCCAUGGUCUGGUAAAUUUGAGAUGCUGAGUUCGUUAUUUAGAGUUUAUGGUCUGAAGGCCCACAGUAUAAUUUUGGAGCCUAAAGAGCUUGGAGCUAUAACGCCCCAUGCACUGUUUCUGAGCUAUUAUCCAGCUCAGGGAGGAAGGCCCAUGAACCCUGAAGUCUACCCUCGUCCUACAGGGGAGGUGUACUUGUGUGGAAUGUCAUCGGAGGUGGAAGUUCCAGACGAUCCAGAGGAGAUAGUGGGUGACCCAGAGUCGAUACGAGUCCUGAAGAGGGUGGCCACGACUGUUUCUAGCCAUUUAGCAGAAGGGGAGGCACGAGUCAAGGCAGAGCAAGCAUGCUUCUUGCCCUGCACCGAUGAUGGUAUUCCUGUAAUAGGGGAGAUUCCUGGCGUACUGGGCUGUUAUGUGGCCACUGGACAUAGCUGUUGGGGUAUUUUAAAUGGUCCUGCUACUGGGGCAGCAAUGGCUGAGCUUGUGGUAGAUGGAAAAUGUAGUAUUGUUGAUCUUUCUAAGUUUAGCCCUUCCAGAUUUGUGAGGCUUGGAAAGAGGUAGAUGCAAAUAAUUGUACAUGAUGUACAAUCAUAACUAGACUGGUGAAUUAGCAAAUAGAGUUGUGUUUAUCAUUUUUGUACCAGUAAUGUUUACUAUGCAAGCAUUGCUUCAACAAA